AUGGAUAACCAGGCACCUGCAGGGACGCCCAACGGCUAUAUGCCUGAGCUCUCAUUGAUGGAGAUUUCGGAAUCUAACAAUGCCCAGUGUCCUAUUUUUGUGAUACCUAGAGUCACUACCGAAAGUGCCUGUUUAAAUGGGCUUCCUGAGGCCCUACUUCCCAAAUUCCGGCACUUACUUCACCUUAAAACUUUACUCCGCCAUCUGUGGAAUGUACAGCUCGGGCAGCCUGAGCUACGGACUCUAGAGAACAUCAGAGCUGCGUAUGGCUUUUGGUGCGAACAUGGCCUACGGAACUGGGAAGGAGAUCAGUUUGAUUUUUCCCACGCCUGGAUCACCGACGCUCUAAAAGUCACGACCUACAAGCUAGGAGUCAUGGUAUGCCGGGCCAAGAUGUCCUACAACAUCGAUAUUCAGCUUGCAGCAAACACGCUGCCGCGACUUGAAUUAGAAAUCCUGCGUCUGAUAAAGCAAGACCUGUGGACGCGGCCGGAUACCUACGCGCACCUGACGAACAUCCUCCAAGGGGUGCCUCCGAGGCCUUCUAUUCGUGCAAGGAGAAUUUCAGCGUCCCAAAAAGAAGCGGAUGAUGCCGCAACCCAAGGGAGCGAGCCCAGGGAUCCCGAUACGGCGAUGCUGGACGUGAAUACUGCAUCCCACACGCCUUCCGUGCCCGCUGAGGACGGGGGGCUUCAGAAUUGA